AUGGAUCGCCGGCCGGCUUCGAAGUUACUCCACCUAACAUUCAACCAGGAUGCCAGGUGUUUUGCCGUGGGCACGGACGGUGGAUUUCGGAUUUACACCUGCGAGCCCUUCGCGGAGAGCCUCCGCCGGGAUUUCGAUAUCCCCGGCGGCGUUGGCACGGUGGAGCCGCUUUUCCGCUUCUAUUGUAUACCGAUAGUCUUCGGUAAGGAUGACCCGCAGUAUCCUCCCAACAGGGUGUCGAUAUGGGACGACAUACAGACCGAGUUUACCGGCGAGAUCACGUUGCCAUCGGAUGUCCGUGGGAUUAGGAUUCGGAGAAAUCAUCUUGUUGUUGUACUGGAGCACACUGUUCGGGUUUACAGUUUCCCCGGUUUGAGACGGCUGAACGAGAUCGGGACGAUCUCAAACCCUAACGGACUCUGCGCUGUGUCUCAGGGCACAGACGAUUCGUUCGUGCUUGUGUGUCCGGAUUUACGAAAAGGUCAGGUUAGGGUUGAUAACUUCACCGACAAGAAAACUAGUUAUGUUAGGGCUCAUGAUUCCGCGAUCGCGUGCUUAGCACUCUCUAUAGACGGAAGAUGGCUGGCCACGGCCAGCACUAAAGGAACUCUGGUCCGCGUAUUCAAUACGCAUACCAGAGUUCUCCUGCAGGAGCUCAGACGGGGAGUGGAUCAAGCUGAAAUCUACAGUCUCGCUUUCUCCCCAUCCGCCGAGUGGUUGGCAGUCUCCAGUGACAAGGGGACCGUUCACGUUUUUAGCCUUAAAACCGCGAAUUCGGAGCCGGAACCGGAACCGGUCUCGUAUUCCUUGUCUUCCUUUAUCAUGAAAGGUGUUUUGCCUAGGUAUUUCAGUUCGGAAUGGUCGGUGGAUCAGUUUCGUUUGCCUCAAGGACGUAAAUAUAUUGUUGCAUUCGGGGAAAAGAAGGAUACGGUGGUAAUACUUGGAUGGGAUGGAAGCUUUUACAGAUGCAAGUUUGACCCUGCGGCCAGUGGUGAAGAAAUGACGCAGCUGGAAUACCACAAUUUCCUUGACCCGGAGGAGGAGGAGCCUUUCUAA